UUGGCAGGAUGCAAUUUUGGAGAUGAAGGAUUGUUUUUCCUUGCGGAGAGCUUAGGAUAUAACCAGACAUUAGAGGAGGUAAGUUUUGCUGCAAAUGGAAUUACUGGGGCAGGUUUGAGAGCUUUUGAUGGUGUUCUUCAAUCAAAUUUUGUUCUAAAGACUCUCAAUCUUUCUGGAAACCCUAUUGGAGAUGAAGGAGCGAAGUGCUUGUGUGACAUAUUGGUGGGCAAUGCUGGCAUUGAAAAGCUGCAGCUGAACAGUACUGAUUUAGGUGAUGAGGGUGCAAAGGCUGUUGCAGAGUUAUUGAAGAAAAAUUCAAGCUUGCGAGUUCUUGAACUAAAUAACAAUAUGAUUGAGUAUUCUGGAUUUACAAGUUUAGCUGGAGCACUUCUGGAGAAUAAUACUAUACGCAGUAUGCAUCUUAAUGGCAACUAUGGUGGUCCUUUGGGAGCUAAUGCUUUCUCAAAAGGCCUUGAAGGGAACAAGUCUUUGCGGGAACUUCAUCUACAUGGAAACUCUAUUGGAGAUGAAGGAGUCCGGGCUUUGAUGUCAGGCUUAGCGUCGCAUAAAGGGAAACUUAGUCUUCUAGAUAUUGGCAACAAUUCGAUUAGUGCAAAGGGUGCUUUUCAUGUUGCUGAGUAUAUCAAGAAGAGCAAGAGCUUGCUUUGGUUGAAUCUUUACAUGAAUGACAUUAGCGAUGAGGGAGCUGAAAAAAUUGCUGAUGCUUUGAAGCAAAAUCGAUCCAUAACAACAAUAGACCUGGGUGGAAAUAACAUCCAUGCUGAGGGAGUCAGUGCUAUAGCUCAAGCUCUAAAAGAUAAUAAAGUUAUUACAACUUUGGAACUUGGUUAUAAUCCCAUUGGACCUGAUGGAGCAAAGGCGAUAUCUGAAGUUCUUAAGUUUCAUGGAAAUAUAAAAACCCUUAAACUUGGAUGGUGUCAGAUAGGGCCAGAGGGUGCAGAAGCAAUUGCUGAUACCUUGAAGUACAAUAAUACCAUAUCAGUUCUGGACUUGCGGGCAAAUGGACUUAGAGAUGAAGGUGCAGUCUGUUUGGCUCGCAGCUUGAAAGUGGUGAAUGAAGCUUUAACAUCAAUUGACUUAGGAUUCAAUGAAAUAAGGGAUGAUGGAGCUUUUUCCAUUGCUCAAGCCCUUAAGGCAAAUGAAGAUGUUACUAUUACAUCAAUGAAUCUUGCCAACAACUUCCUAACAAAAUUUGGACAGAGCGCAUUGACAGAUGCAAGAGAUCAUGUAUUUGAGAUGAGUGAGAAAGAAGUCAGCAUUUUUUUCUAGGAGAGUUCAGCUUACAGAGGACAAGUAGUAGUUUAAGGUAGUAUCUUAGUAAGGAUCAUUCUUUUGUGAAUAUUCUUCCGGCAAAAUUUUGGUAAGAGCUCCAACUAUAAGUUAUAAUUUUUGAGCUUAUACCGGCAUCCACAUAUUGAGGAAGAGCAACUGCUGUUUAUACUGACUUUAGCUCCGUCAACAAUAAACAUAUAAGUUUUGUUCUCUUUUAUUUGGCUUUUCAAGCCAAAAUAGCUUUUCUGCUUCCUGAAUUUUCAGCUGGCAAUCUACAGUUGGAGUUUAUUGAAUCAGUAUGUGGUGUCAUGA